GAAUAAGAGAACAAGUACAAGUCGGCGCAAGAAGUCUGCCUGGGCGUCUGAGUGUGGCAGUUGAGGGUACGAUAGCCAACCGUCCGGUUCUCGUUUAUCUAAGCCUAGCCCAGCCCUCCCGGACCAUAACCGGUCUUGUCCCAAAAAGCACCCACUUUAUUGUGGCACGGAUGUGUGUGUGUGUUGUGUUGGUGGCCUGAAGAAAGGGAUGUUGAUGACUGCACGCUGUAGAUAAGCCGAUAGGAAGAGUCCAACAACCGACAUAGGCUGCUGCAGUCUCUGUCGUUCGCUAUCUACCGGCAAUCAACUGAUCCACAUCAAACGUUCGGUAGAGAUUCUACGGUCAGGCGAGUUAACGGGAUUCCUGUCGGGUCGCGAAUCGGUUCCAGCAUGCGGUGCCGCAUCGGGUUGUGGACUCUGUUGCUGCUGGCGGUGGCUGCCAGUGGUCACCCAGACAGCUCGAGCAUCCAGUUGACGAAAGAGAACUUUCAAUCGGAAGUUGAUGGUGACAAUGUGUUCGUCAUGUUCUACGCACCAUGGUGUGAUUACUGCAAGAAGCUAGCACCGACGUGGGCUCAGCUGGCGGAGACGCGCCACGGUGAGUCGUUCGGUGCGGUAAAGAUUGGCCGCGUGGACUGCACCACGGACGGCGAGCUGUGCACACAGCAGGAGGUUUCCGGUUAUCCGACGCUGAAGCUCUUCAAGAAAGGGAGUUUUGUGAGCGAUGGUGCCCUUGUGGGCAUUAAGUACCGUGGAGCCCGCGACCUGGAACAAUUCAAUGCGUUCCUGAACGAACAGCUUGGUAGUGGCAGCAACGGGUUGCUGACCGACGCCGUCGUAGACGACCACGGAGACGGCGGUGUUGGCGGCAGCGAAGCCGAAGAUGGUGAAGAGCUGCCCCCACCCCCUCCCACUCCGGACACGCCCCUGGUCGAGCUCACGGAGGACACGUUCGCGAAGCACAUCUCGACCGGGAAGCACUUCGUGAAGUUCUACGCACCAUGGUGCGGCCACUGUACGAAGCUGGCGCCAACCUGGGAGGAGCUGGCGAACACAUUCGAGCACGAGCGCGACAUCCGCGUGUCAAAGAUCGACUGCACGCGUUUCCGGCCGAUCUGCACUGACUUCGAGGUUAAAGGUUACCCGACGUUGCUUUGGAUCGAAGACGGCAAGAAGAUCGAGAAGUACACCGGUCCGCGCACCCACGACGAUCUGAAGCGAUACGUGACGCAGAUGGCGGGCGCUGCUGGCCUGCAGGACGGUGCGGCUGAUCACACUGCUGCGUCGGUGGAGGGCGCGCCGGACAAAGACAAUACGUCGGUGGUGGUGCAGCUGAGCGAGCGCGACUUCGCCAAUGCCAUCGCCAAAGGUGUCACCGCCGUGAAGUUCUACGCGCCGUGGUGCGGUCACUGCAUGCGGCUCGCUCCGACGUGGGAGCAGUUGGCGGAGAAGUUCGCGGCCCGCGACGGAGUCCGGAUCGCGAAGGUCGACUGCACGGUCGACGGCAACAAGGAACUGUGCGGUGAGCAGGAAGUCAACGGCUACCCGACCGUGUUCCUGUACCGCGACGGCGAGAAGAUCACCGAGUACUACGGCCACCGAUCGCUGGAGGACUUGCACGCUUUCGUCGUCCAGCAUCUGACCGGUCAGCACGACGAGUUGUGAACUGGCGGGGCGCCAUAUAAUUUUCUUACUUUUCGUUUCUGUCGCCCGCUAGUGAGGGCCAAUAAAAAAG